UGUACUCUGGAUCUUGCCUUGGCUGUACGUAUGUGCGUGCAUGUGUAUGUCGUCGUUUCGCGAUCAGCUUUUGCAACAAGGCUAUUUUUCUGCAUGUUUGUGCAUGACCAGCCUUUGGAAGCGCCCAAACUGGUACUAACUUUAUGGUUGUGUACAAUGGCAGAAACGAGUUGAGUUGGCUCCUCGUGUGAGAGAGAGGCAGCGAGAAGUUGCUCUUCGGUAAAGUUGCUGAAGUAAUGACGUCUACAGUGAAAAGGGAACCGAAGAUGGAGGCUUGUACCCCGACAUGUAAUGCAGCCACUCCGCUCGUCGCCACAUCCACAGCUGCUGGGAAUACUAAUUUUGCUAUCGUGAAAGCAGAGGAGUCUGUUUCUGCCAAUAUUGCUUCAAACCCAGAUUUGGCAUCGCAUUUCGAGUGCCCUGUGUGCUUCGACUAUGUCCUACCUCCGAUUAUUCAAUGUAACAGUGGACAUCUAGUUUGUUCGCAAUGCAGAGCGAAAUUGACAUGCUGCCCGUCAUGCCGGGGACCGCUUGGAAGUAUUCGAAAUCUUGCCAUGGAGAGAGUAGCAGAGGACGUACUAUUUCCCUGCAAGUUUAGAACCAAUGGCUGUCCACAGGCCUUCCGCUUUAACAAAAAGAAAGAGCAUGAGGACCUGUGUGAAUUUCGACCGUACAUGUGUCCCUGUCCUGGUGCUCAAUGCAAAUGGCAAGGAAAUCUUGACGGUGUUCUCCAGCAUCUGUUCCAAGCUCACAAAACCAUCACCACGCUGCAAGGCGAGGACAUUGUGUUUCUAGCCACGGACGUCAACCUGAGAGGAGCUGUCGACUGGGUGAUGAUGCAAGGCUGCUAUAACUGUAAUUUCCUACUUGCUCUGGAAAAGCAGGAGAAAACGGCACCAGAUCAUCCCGACCUUCCUCCAGUGGCCAUGUUCUAUGCCGUGGUGCAAAUCAUCGGAACGCGUCAGCAAGCUGAGCACUUUGUCUACAAGCUCGAGUUGUCGAAUUCGGCUUCUUCGCGGCGCUUGCUGUGGGAAUCAGUGCCUCGGAGCAUUCAGGAUGGCCUUGCCAGUGCAAUCACACAGCACGACUGCUUGACUUUCGACGCAGGCACUGCGGCUUUGUUUGCAGACAACGGAGGUAAUCUAGCAAUCAAUGUCACAGUCAUGCAGCGAACACCGUCCACGCAAGGGUAAAGAAACUUUUCGCGGGUUUCUGCUUGAUUUUUUCUUUUUAAACAAAAACAACAACACAUGUGCACAUUUUGGUGUGUGUAACUUUCUCAUUCCUCACUGUGUGAUCGCCGUCUCAUGCUUUUUAUAUGAAUAAUACAAUUCACCGUGUGCCUCCUCAGUUGAGUUUCACAUUCUCUGAAAAUACAUCAUUGCUGACCAUAUCGCUGUUGCAUGCGUCCCUAGUAAUUUAAUAUAUCCUUCAUCAUCAUCAUCAACAUCAUCCCAGCCAUAUUUAUACGCCUACAACAAUAACCGUUCCCAUGACAUACGAAAGUGCUCUGCGUGCAAAAGGUUCUGCUUGAAACAAUACUGCCAGUGUUCCGCUCCUCUUGCUUUCCAUGUACCACACGAAUCAUGAUUAUAAUACUGUCCAUGUGUAGUUCCUAGGUAUGACGAAUCGAUAUCAGUUGAGCUAUCUUCCUUUUUUUUGCAGCGCCAUUUUUCUUUAAUCAUUUUUCUCCGGAACUGCAUUUGUCAUGUUUUGGAGUUCACUUGUCUAACUCUGAGUAACUGGCCUUGCUUGCAAUUAUGUGGGGGCUGCGUUCAGUGAAAGCGAGCCUUCCCAGGUAAAAAGUUGUUGAAAACAUUAAAAAUGACGUCCUUGAAUUUUGAUCGCGGAUGCAGUGCAAUGCACUUGCAACAAAGACGCCAUUAUUUGAUCUUUCCACCAGCUUUUGUUGUGAAGUUUCGUUUUCGCUGAAAGCGGGUCGUACCAUAGCGUGCCAGUGGUGGUGAUUUUAUGCUUUUGCUCUAUCCCCGUUUUUCCUCUUUCAUUCGUCUGUUUUCAUGUUUUACGACGUACCCUGCAUAUUAUCUUACUCUGGUCUCUGUGAUCUUUUAUGCUUAGCCCAUUUCACAGUCAUAUCGCGUUUUCAAUAUUGUAUUACCGCCGCCGUGUAGAUUUUUGACACGAGACUUCCUGCCUAAAA